AAAGGCUAACAAUGGCGGCAAUAAACUACUAAAUUCCAAAAUCCACCCCACCCCACCCAACCGCCUCCAUAAAACCCAGUUCUUGAUUUUAUUUUUAUUUUUUUUCUAUUUACACAUCAGGCACGCUCUACUUGAAAAUUUAUUCAUAAAGAAUAAAUAAGCACUCUUUUUGGGUUUCUUUUCCAGUUUUCCAUUCUUAAUUUUGCCAGUAAUCAUAAUCAAAAGGUUGUUUUUCGAGUUUUGGAAACAUGCGUUUUGUGAAACUGUGCUAAUCCACAGUGGGUUUAGUUUAGAUUUUCAGACAAGGCGGCUACAUCGGAUGGUUGUAGUAAAGAUUUUGGUUUGAAGGUGCAGAAUCAUUUCCUUCCGAGAUUAUCAUGACGAGUAAUCUCAAUCAUGGCCGUCAAUUCGAUUAUGGUAGUGGGUCCCUCUGUAAUAACGGCGAAGGUUGCGAGACUGGGGGAAAUAUAUACGAGGAUGAUGUUCGUAGUAGUGGUGGUGGUGGUUCAGCAGUUAAAACUUUGCAGCUUUUUGACAUUUUUCCUUCUUCAACCGCCUUGACAUCCCCAGGGGGGAUGGAGGCAUAUGUGGGGUUUCCUUUUACAUCAGAUCAAUUGAAGGAGCUUGAGAGACAAGCUAUGAUCUAUAAGUACAUGCUGGCCUCCGUUCCUGUGCCUCCUGAACUUCUUUCUCCCAUUUCCAGCAAUUCUCCUGCAGUUGCACCGGACCCUUGCGUUUCAUGUUCUUGGCAUAUUCAUUUUGCUAUCACUACCCAUUUGAUCAUCUUUGCAAUAUCUCAAGCUACUUCCGAUCAAGCCUCCCAGCCUCUAACUAUUGGUUUAUGGGUGCCUAUUCAGUCUCCAUACAAAAACUUUGGUGGGAUGGUCGCACCAUCGAAUGAGGAGCCACCACCUCAUUGGUGGUGGCUCUCCAUUCGACGGCGUCCCAUCAAAGUUUUUCUCCUUUAUAAGAGGAUUGCUUCAAAGUCUUAUAUGCUGAUUAUAUUUUCUUCUUUUAAAGAGUGUGAUUUACCCUUAACAUGCUUCUACAAGAUGAGUAGAACAAGCCCUUACACAUGGAUUGUUUUCAUCUGUAAGCGAUGUUCAAUUUUACCUGAACAGCAUUUGGAUUUGGACUCGAUGAUAGAAGCUGAGAUGGUUGCAAUGUGUGUGGCUAAUCCACAAUGGCAGCAUUUGAUGUACACUGAUAUAGCAAAUGAGGGCUCGGUUUAUAACACUAAUGCAUCUGUUUUUCAUCAAGAUUACGUGGAAAAUCAAUCAAUGAACGUGUUCUCCUACACAGAUUACCCGGCCCCUGAUCAUGCUGUUCAUCAAAGUGGCAAUGAUCAGGGUUACAUAGGAUCAUUUCUCAACCCUGGUUUGGUAUCUUUGGAAAAACACUCGCAUACUGAGACCCCAAGGGGAUUUAUUGAUGCAUGGUCAUAUAACAAUGGGAAUGCGGAGUCCUCUGUAUCAUCAGAUCAAGGGAAUUUACCCUCUUCCUCGCUCACUCUAACGAUGGCAAUGGCAGCUGGAAAUAUCAUAGAUGAACAAAUGGAAAAAAUCGAAACUGGGAGUGUACGAGACUAUGAUGACCAUAAACGUGAAGAUUCAAGUUGGCUAGGCCCUGUUUCUUUUAUGCCUUUUGCACAAGGAGGGCCAUUAGCCGAGGCAUUACGACCCAAAUCAACCACUCUAAAAGGCUCGAAUUCAGCUUCUCUAUAUUAUUCAAUCAGCCCCUCGGCAACUACUGUUUCAUCACCAUCUGGGGUUCUUCACAGGUCAUCGUUUUCACAUUCUGAUGGCAGUGGUUGCAAUAGUCCAACUCUUGCAGCUCCGACAGGAUUAUCAGAAGCUGUUGCAUUCCGAUUGCUGAAUUAAACUAAUGAGUUUCUUGAAGUUGAUUCCCGAAUUUGGUUAUUUUAUGUUAGUGCAAUUUUCUCUCUGAUGUUAUGUUUCUUGUUUACUCUGUAUGAGCAUUUCUAAUAGGAACUUCUACAAUUUUAUAUAGCAGAACGACGAAUGCUUGGUUUAUAAAGGGUUCUUGCAAGUUCAAUA